ACGUUCCUAAUUUCGUCGCCCAUCCGAAAGCUAAUUAUGGUUUCCACUAUGAAAAUCUUCAAUGUUACCGUACCGCAGAGGAACGGUCUCUGUUGCGCGAUCUGCAAGAUCGUAAGCUCCGAGAACGAUCCCAUAAUCUAUUCCAAUUAUUGCGGGAGCAGGCUCAAGUGCGGGCAAAUUCUUCGGGGGAUUCCUCAGGUGAUGGCCGCCCCGAUAACUAAUCGGAAACUCCUCGAGACCGGCAGCUGCCUGUACAUUAUCGCCGAGAGAGACAUUUUCGAAAGCAUCUUCCAGGACCAUUGCAAAGCCUUCAACGUACAGCUGGUGGAUCUAGUCGACCCCGUUCCAAUUUACAUUUACAAGGCGUGUCUACUUUAUACUGUGGAAUACAGACUGGCACCGCAGUGGAACAAAGUUGGGACGUACCUCGUCGAGGGACAAAACUUUCUUAGCUCUACGGGAAACGUCCACGCGAUCACGCUAAACAUCAAAGACAUCCGUGAUAAUAGCGCUCAGUUCCACGUGGAGGCUGUAAAUCUCAAAAUACCAUUCCUGAGACUAAUAAAUACCGUACGCCCUAUGCAACAUAGCUCGAUGGCACCAGUACGUGUUCUACCUAGCUUAAAAAUGGCAACUGUGUUAAACAUAUCGAAGGAAAUUAAGAAAAAUUACCAGUUCAAGGAUUACAAGGACCUGUGCGAGUAUUGGAAAAAUAUGUAUGGUUAUGAGUUACCAGAGUACGAGGAAGGAUUCUUAUUUUACAAUAUCGAGUUUUUUUAUUUUAAGUCGAGCGUUUUUCUGUAUCCUGAAAUGUGCUUAACCUCAGGACCUCCAGAAAUUCUUCCACUUACGAUGGAUCCGGUAUCCAGGAUUUACAAAUUUGCAGGAGAUCUAAGAGGAAAAGUAACGCAAUUAUGUGGACAGCAACUGGAUAUAUGUCCGGAAAACGUGUAUCAAGCAGCUACCCUAGCUUGUACGCCAAUGUUACCAAGGGUUCAUAGAUUUCCAGCCUGCGAUUCAGGCUAUGGCAAACUCUCUGGAAAAAUGAGCAAUAUAACAUCUUUGCGUCGAAUGUUUGAUACGUGCGAUAUUCCCACAAAACGAUCCCGAUUAUCGCUACCAGGGAUUAAUAAUUCUCUUACGUGCAAAACUGAGACCGACGAUUUCAGUCUUGGAAUUGGUCCGACGUGCUCCACGAGAAACUUUGAUAAAUUGCUUAAAACUGCUGGUAGCAUUUCGGCGGUAUUAUAUGAUGACGAUAGUGCUGUGGCCAGCAAACCAGUUGUACAUCAGAAAGAAGAACGCAAGUCACAUUAUUUUGAGCAAGAAGGACAAGAAUCUGAGAGCAAGUCUUUCGUGGAGAGAGAGUUAGCGGACAAAGAAGAAAAACCCAAAAAAGGCCUAAAGGAAAAAUUGUUAAGGAAUCUUUAAAAAAAUAUUCUCGCACUUUGCCGUCUCAAUAAUUAUUAUUACUUUUCUUUAUAUCUAAAACACGUUAUUAUAUAAAAACUCAUAGAACAAGAAUAAAUUAUAAAUUAUACAUUUCAUCGUGUGUAAAAUCCUAGAUAAUUUAUCUUUAUAAAAUUAGAAGCAGAAAAAACAUAUUAAAAUUUUCAAUUCAAAUAACAACAGA